UUAAGCAGUUCUAAUAUUUAGUAAUCUCCAAAAAAUAAAAUUAUCAUGUCGACCUGCCGAAAAUAAAUUUUAACUUGAAACUUGUGUCAAAUAUGUUUUCUCACUUUUAAGUGCUUUGUAGUUGUUGAAGUAUUACACGUUUAUUCAUUGUUUAGCUGGAACGCGUUUUUACUUUUCCUGAACUUUUUGGGCAUAGAUAUUGGCUGAGGGAAGUUAGCUUCGAAUUCCGUAAAAAAUGACAAGAUCAUGAAAAAGAAUACUUAACGUUCAGCUGACCCGUGUUUAAAAAUAAACCAAGGACAAGUAAAGUUCAUUUGACAGCGACACAAGCUUGUUUCAAACCAAGUCAGAUUUAUUCGGAGGGUCCUUGUGUGUGACAACUUGUGAAACAAGUCUUCAUCAUCUUUAGCAAUGACAUCAGUAUGGAAAAGACUGCAACGGGUUAACAAACAUGCAGCAAAAUUUCAAUUUACAGUUUCUUACCAUCAGGUGACUUUAGAAACCACAUCUAAAUGGAAGCCCAACAAGCUGAGCCUGGCGUGGACGAGACGCAGCCGCCGGGUGGUGACGCAGGCCCUGCCCUGGGAGCCCACGAUGAAGGACCCCCUGAAGGGCGUGGUGGUGUGGGCCGUGCCCGAGAACAAGGAGGUGUGCGUCACGCUCUUCAAAGACCCCAGGACGCAGGAGAUGGAAGACAAGGACUGGACCUUCGUCAUUGAGGAUGUUUCACCUACUGGCAAACGGAGACAGUUGGCAUCUGCAAACAUCAACAUGAAGAAAUACGCUAGCAUUGAGUCUUCACAGACAUAUUUAACACUUCCAUUUAAACCGCUAACAAAAAAAAUUGUUAGUGCUGCAAUGGAGUGCACUUUGUCAUGUGUGUUCUUACGCGAGGGUAAAGCAACGGAUGAAGAUAUGCAGAGCAUGGCUAGUCUCAUGAGUGUCAACACCAGUGACAUUGCACCUUUAGAUGACUUUGAUGACGACGAGGAUCAGGAAGAAAGUCAGAGUUCUCAACAAGUACUUGAUCUUACAUCACAGAUAUACAUGUUUACAAGCAGCCGUAGCGGAUCUGAUAUUGCAAGCACUCCAAUUAGUGUCGCCAGCUUGUCAUUAUACCAGAAGGACGAGGCGACACCCGUGGCAAGCGAGAACCGGAUCAUUGUCUCAUUCGACGGUGCCGACAGCAAUGACCCUACGGACUCGAGGGAGCCUUCCCUUGCCAGCCCGACGAGCGACGUGAGCACUCCCAGCGCGGAAGGGAACUGCCCCAGGACUCAGGAGAGCGCACAGGACGAGUACCGGUACUUCGGAAUACAUAGUUUAUACUGGUUGUUCUCAGAGAUUUGUUUCUUGUGUCACAAAAAAAAUUACAUUAACACAUAUACAGUAAAACCUCGCUCAUGCGGCCCCCAGUUCGUACGUACACCUCGGUCGUACGUACAGAUUUUCGAAGGAAAAAAAAAAGUUAAAUUAUAUAAAAAAUUGUAAGAAAUACAUUAAAGUUAAUUAAAUUAAAAAUACAGUCGCAUCCUGCAGCGUUCAGAACAAAUACGGGCUACAUUAAAUAUAGGCAUUGUGCCACAAAAAAAAAUUAAAAAAAAAAGGGCCGCAAAUUGAUGGAAAUUUACCGUCAAUAGCGCGCCAUGCACUGAGAAAGGUCAUUGUACUCGAUCAGCUGUUGUUACGGCGCGGCGUAGCUGCCCGGCUGGCUCCCUUUGUUCGCUGAGCUGCGCAUGCGCAGUAUAACUCACUCAACACUCCGCCCAGACUCAUGACCUUCCAUCAGCAGCCAGCCAAUAGAUGCGAGCUUAGCGGAAAAAAAUAUAAGCUCCACCUUCUGUGUACCAGUUUUGUCCAGUUCUAAUACCAGUUUAUUGGUAUACGCACCAGUUUUCUCUCUGCUGUGACAUGUUCAAGUUUACCUCAUCUUGAUGUCUUGAUACCAAUAAUUAAUUAUUUACGAUCCCCAGAGAUAAUGGUUUAAAAAAUAUGCGUCAACUGUACAAUACUUCCGAAAUUAUAAAAUAUGUAUAAAACAGUUACCAAGACUCCGCUCAUUUUAUCUUUUGAAGUUUAUGAAUUGUACCAGUAUUUCGGCUAAGUUGUGACAUAAAUACAGUAUCAGAACUAACAAGCAGCCACGUAAUAUUCCCGACAUUCCUGUUACAUUUAUACAUUCGUGAGUUUACGUUUUUCCCUCGUGCAUUUUAGAUUGUCUCCUGCUGUAAUUACUCUGACUUUUACAC